CAAUCUUCUUCGUGUUUUCGUUUUCUUCUUCCAAUCUUCACCCUUCUCAUAGAAAUGUUGCCCAUUCUCUUCACAGGUCUUGUCUGCCUGGCAUCACUGAUAAACGCCCAGACUACCAACGAUGAGACUAUUCUUGGAGUGUACAUGUUCCAUCGACAUGGUGACCGGACCCCCAAGAGCUUUCCUCCCGCCAACUUAACAGAUCUGGGAUAUGCGCAGGUCCACGCUUCUGGCCAGUACUACCGCAGUCGAUACAUCGCGUACGGCGCAAGCUACCGUGUCAAUGGCAUCAACAGUGAUGUUGUCAAACAAAAUCAGAUCACCGUGUCCGCUCCAUCCGAUGUCGUAUUGAUGAACUCCGCUCAGGGAUUUCUACAAGGACUGUACCCACCAGUUGGUAGCCAGCUCAGCUCGAACACGCUCCGAAAUGGAAGCACAGUAGUAGCUCCGAUGGAUGGCUAUCAGCUCAUUCCCGUCUCCCAGGUGGCUACUGGCAGCGGAAGCGAAAACAGUGCCUGGCUACAAUCGGCCAGUGGGUGCCAGGCGGCAAUAGUAAGCUCGAACAAUUAUCUUUCAAGCGCAGAGUACAAGAGCUUGUAUGACGGCAGCGCCGAUUUUUACCAAAGUCUCCUGCCUGUCAUAAACAGCACCUUUACAGCCCGCACAAGCAAUUUCUUGAAUGCCUACAGCAUCUAUGACUUGAUCAACGUGGCCCAGAUCCACAACACAACGAACUACAACAAUUCGGAACUGAUUACUUCCUCCAUCUUCAAGCAACUAAGCUCCCUCGCCAAUGCACACGAAUGGGGGCUUGCCUACAAUUCUAGCGACGACACCCGCGCCAUCGCUGGUAAAGUCUUGGCCGCACAAGUCGUACAAUUUCUCAACGGAACUCUCAUGCGCACCAGCCCAAGCAAACUCGCGAUCCAAUUCGGGGCCUAUGGCACUUUCAUGUCUUUCUUUGGCCUGGCAGAUUUGCCUGCAGUCAGCGACGAUUUCAAGGGCAUCGUGGACUAUACAUCGUCAAUGGCGUUCGAACUAUUCACGAAUGGCAGCAGCACCGGCGCUGGGGACGCGUACGUCCGCUUCAUCUUCCAUAACGGUACCGCUUCCGCCCAGAGCCCGCCGAGCACGUACCCACUCUUUGGAUCGAAGGCAGAUACCCUCAGAUGGGCAGAUUUCGCCGCAGGCAUGGAGAAAUUCGCCGUUGGCUCAACUGCGCAAUGGUGUACGGCAUGUGGGAAUUACACGGGCACAUGUGCUGCGUACGAUCCAAAUGGCGAGGCGAAGAACUCAGCAGCUGCAACGAGGGGUGAUAAUGGCUUGAGCGCUGCUCUCAAUGGUCUCAUCGGCGCCAUAGUGACGUUGGCUGUCAUGUUCGCUGUCACGUUGGUUUUGCUGCUUAGUGGAUUUAGGCUUGUGAACAAGCGUAGUCUCGUCGCGGGCCGCGAGACGACCGCAGGCAAGGAAGCUUCUUGAGUGAUAUACAAAUUGAAGGGAUUUUUCGCCGUCGAUUAGGGAUCGUGCAAGAUUUCGAGGAAUUGAAUGGACAGCGGCCGGUUUGUCGUAUGUGGCGAUAUUUGCUACUCCUAGAUUCUAGAAUUCAGGAGAAUUUAUAAUUUCUUGAUAGAAAACUAGAGAUCUCUUCUUCGUAGUACCAAAUGUUCAAAACUAUAAUGGAAG